GGCCCCAAUUUAAAUCUUAUUUUCUGUUUACAGAUACUGAUUAAUUCAAUUUAUUAUAACAUAUACCGAUAUGAUGUUAUUUUAUAAUUUUAUUUCAACGUUAUGGGUCGUAUGAUUCAGGCAAAUCUUCGGUCAGCCUCGAUCAUCACUGUGCACGUCAUCAGCUCGUGUGUGGCAGAUUCAAAGCAGGAGGGGAUGGACAAAAGUUUGCAGAUUGUUCUUCUUUGUGCAUUGAUGUCUUUGCAUCUACUGUUAGUUCAGGGCUCCAAACAAGACAUAAAAUGCGGCGCAUGUAGGGCUUUAGUUGAUGAAAUGGAAUGGGCCAUAUCACAGACAGAUCCCAAGAAAAUGAUCCAGACAGGAUCAUUUAGGAUCAAUCCUGAUGGUAGUCAGUCAGUAAGAGAGACUCCGUUUGCUCGCUCAGAGAGUCACCUGCUUGAGCUGAUGGAGGAGGUUUGUGAGAAGAUGAAGGAUUACGGUGAACGCGUUGACCCCACCUCCAAUCGGAAGGCGUAUGUGAGACAUACAUCACGUGACGGUACAGCCAUGGACCUUUCUGAUGUGACCUUUGACUCCAGAGUCAGCUCCAGUUUAAAGUUUGCUUGUGAAGUAAUCGUUGAGCAACAUGAGGAUGAACUUAUUGAAUUCUUUGCUCAUGAGACAGACAAUGUUAAGGACAAGCUGUGCAGUAAAAGGACAGAUCUUUGUGACCAUGCCCUGCAGAUACCUCAUGACGAAUUAUGAGACACAUCAAGACAACUUUGGGUUCUCAUAUAUGUCCUUAUAAAUGAGUUUCUCGUAUUUGUUACUUGUUAUGGACGCUAAACUUUCAGAGAUCAACUAAACUGAUGUACUUGACCCCGUGGGUUAACUGUUGUCCUCUUUAUCUGUAAUAAUGAUUACUCUGUCCAUAAUGUUCAUACUCAUUAAAGCAGACUCUAAACAGCUAAAGUGAGAUCUCUUUAAGAGUCUCCUCAGUGCUGUAGUUUUAUGUUUGAAGUUAAUUUGGUACAUUAUUAGUCUUUUAUUAGAUUGGACUACUUCACCCAUUUUUCUCAUUAUUUGUUCAUCCUUAUGCUGUUUCAAACCUGUAUAAUUGUCUCCUGUCAGUGUUUUUGAGGCCCAUGUGAUGUUUAAACAUCAUUUGUAAACAUGCCUUAGAAAAGCAUGUCACUGAUGUGUAUCUUGAGGCAAAUCAAUGGCACUUGGAUAUUUUAAGAUCUGUCAAUGCAAGUUAUUUUUAUCUGUUUUAGUCUAUAGGCUUAAGCCUUGUCUGUUAAACUACGGGAUAAUGUUUCAUAGUGAAUGGUAAUGUUAGUU